AUGGGGAGUAACAUGGAGUCUGAAGUUCCCCAAAGCCCUCUAGAGGCGUCCAAGAAUUGGGUUCCUUUAAUGGACGAGCCCUUAUACAAACCUCGACGCCUACGCGUUGUGUGUGUCGGGGCCGGGUAUUCCGGUCUGAGUUUAGCGUACGAGGCUAAAUACAAUAAGGCUCUUGAAGGCUUUAUCGACUUGACCAUCUACGACAAGAAUGAUGACGUUGGGGGAACAUGGCUGGAGAAUAGAUAUCCUGGAGUUGCAUGCGAUGUCCCUGCGCAUAUCUACACCUUUCCUUUUGAACCCAACCCGGACUGGUCUACGUUUUUCGCUUCAGGAUCUGAGAUCUGGUCCUAUAUCAAGAGAAGUUCGGAUAAAUAUGGUCUCGCCGAGCAUGUCCAACUUCGAUCGAAAGUAAUCCAAGCGACCUGGGACGAGCCUUCGAGUAAAUGGCGUCUCAAGAUUCGACAAAACGGUGAAGAAAAAGAAGUCGAAUGUGACAUAUUGGUCGACGGGUCGGGCUUCUUGAAUAACUGGACUUGGCCUAGUAUCGAGGGUCUUCAUGAUUUCAAAGGGCAGCUUCUUCAUACCGCGAAUUGGAACCCUUCUAUCGACGUUGCAGGCAAAAAGGUCGCGGUGAUUGGCAACGGCGCUUCCGCUAUCCAAGUGCUCCCGCAGCUGCAAAAGACCGCCGCCCAGCUAACCAACUAUAUCCGGUCUCCUACAUGGAUAUUCUCCAAUCAUGCAGCGGAGAUGACAAAAGACGGGACCAAUUUUGCAUUCACCGAAGAAGAAAAGAGAAGGUUUCGCGAGAACCCUGCCUUGCUCUUGAAGUUUCGCAAGGAGAUCGAAAGCUGCGAAGAUAACUUCUUCAGCGUCUUUUUCAAGGACUCGAAAACUCAAAAAGCCGCUCUCGUGAAGGCACAAGCACGUAUGCGACAGCGGCUCGGCAACGAUCCAGAGCUCUGCGCCAAGCUGAUUCCGCACUAUGAGCUGGGAUGCCGACGCGCCACUCCAGGCGACGGGUAUCUCGAAGCUCUGUGUGCGAAAAACGCAAGGGUCAAUAACAUUCCCAUAGUGCGAAUUACCGAAUCCGGGAUCCAAACAGCCCACGAGCACAAUGAAUUUGAUAUCAUCGUCUGCGCCACCGGAUUCGACGUGAGUUACCGCCCCCCGUGGACCGUGCAAGGGCGGAAUGGGCAUCAACUCCAUCACGCAUGGAGUAACUCGCCAGAAGCAUAUUUCGGCAUCGCAGCGGCCAACACUCCGAACUAUUUCAUCUUCAUUGGUCCUAAUAGUCCUGAUAGCGUAUUCUGCGUGGCGAAAUGGAUAUUGAAGUGGUGUCGCAAGAUGGCAACGGAAGAUAUCAAGUCGAUUUGCGUGAAGCAGGAAGCUCUGGAUGACUAUAACACAUAUUCACAAGAAUUCCUCAAGCGCAUGGUGUGGUCUGGGGGAUGCCGAAGUUGGUACAAGAAUAAUAAGGUAGACGGACCCGUUACCGCCCUGUACGCUGGAAGCCGGCUUCAUUUUAGAGGCCUAGAAGGAAAGAUCAUCUCGCGGAUCAGCGACAUCCUAACACGGCCAGAUCUGUCCCGCGGGAAGAAGGUUAAGAAUUGGCUCCGAAUUCUCGAGCUUGUGAUGUACAUUGAAGCGAAGGUUGUGGAGCAUCGCGGGACCGGGGCCAGUAUAGUUGCUCACCUUCUCCACACCAUUUAUUGA